CCGGCCGUGAGCUGUGUGUGUGUGUGCUCGUGGGGCUUGGUCUCAGCCCCGGGAAGAUGGUGGCGGCGGCGGCGGCGGCGGCGACUGAGGGGAGGCUGAGGAGGAGGACGGCAGCGACGACAGUGCCCUCGGGCAGGCACAGCGAACCGCUCCGGGACUGGGACGUCCCUGGGGCUGGGAGGCCGGGACUGGGGGCCGGGCUGCGCCUCCCACAGCUUCUGCUGCUGCUGCUCCCUCUUCUGCUGCUGCUUCCCUGGGCUGCCGAGGCCGCGGCGGCAGCGGCGGUGGUAUUGGGUUCAUCCGCAGCCGAGGCCAAGGAAUGUGACCGGCCCUGUGUCAACGGCGGCCGCUGCAACCCUGGCACCGGCCAGUGCAUCUGCCCCGCCGGCUGGGUGGGCGAGCAGUGCCAGCAUUGCGGGGGCCGCUUCAGACUAACUGGAUCUUCUGGGUUUAUAACAGAUGGACCUGGAAAUUAUAAAUAUAAAACGAAGUGCACAUGGCUCAUUGAAGGACAGCCAAAUAAAAUAAUGAGACUUCGUUUCAAUCAUUUUGCUACAGAGUGUAGUUGGGACCAUUUAUAUGUUUAUGACGGGGACUCAGUUUAUGCACCACUAAUUGCUGCCUUUAGCGGCCUCAUCGUUCCCGAAAGAGACAGCAACGAGACUGUCCCUGAGGUUGUUGCCACAUCAGGUUAUGCCCUGCUGCAUUUUUUUAGUGAUGCUGCUUAUAAUUUGACUGGAUUUAAUAUCAGUUACAAUUUUGACAUGUGUCCGAAUAAUUGCUCAGGCCAAGGAGAAUGUAAGAUCAGUAAUAGCAGCAACACUGUUCACUGUGAAUGUUCUGAAAACUGGAAAGGCGAAGCAUGUGAAAUUCCUCACUGUGUAAAUGACUGUGGUUUUCCUCAUCGAGGCAUCUGCAAUUCCAGUGAUGCCAGAGGAUGUUCCUGUUUCUCAGAGUGGCAAGGUCCUGGAUGUUCAAUUCCUGUACCAGCUAAUCAGUCAUUUUGGACUCAAGAGGAAUAUUCUAACCCAAAGCUCCCCAGAGCCUCUCACAAAGCUGUGGUCAAUGGAAAUAUAAUGUGGGUUGUUGGAGGAUAUAUGUUCAACCACUCAGAUUACAGCAUGGUUCUUGCGUAUGACCUUGCUUCUAGGGAAUGGCUUGCACUGAACCGUUCUGUGAACAAUGUGGUUGUUAGAUAUGGCCAUUCUUUAGCAUUAUACAAGGAUAAAAUUUACAUGUAUGGAGGAAAAAUUGAUUCAACAGGGAAUGUGACCAAUGAGUUGAGAGUGUUUCAUAUUCAUAAUGAAUCAUGGAUAUUGUUGAAUCCUAAAGCAAAGGAGCAGUAUGCAGUGGUUGGGCACUCUGCACACAUUGUCACGUUGAAAACUGGCCGAGUGGUCAUGCUGGUCAUCUUUGGUCACUGCCCUCUCUAUGGAUAUAUAAGCAACGUACAGGAAUAUGACUUAGUUACUAACACAUGGAGUAUAUUAAAUACCCAGGGUGCCCUUGUCCAAGGGGGCUACGGCCAUAGCAGUGUCUAUGACCACAGGACCAGGGCCCUGUAUGUUCAUGGAGGCUAUAAGGCUUUCAGUGCCAACAAAUACCGGCUUGCAGAUGAUCUCUACAGAUACGAUGUGGACACCCAGAUGUGGACCAUUCUUAAGGACAGCCGAUUUUUCCGUUACUUGCACACAGCUGUGAUAGUAAGUGGGACCAUGCUGGUGUUUGGAGGAAACACACACAACGACACAUCCAUGAGCUAUGGUGCCAAAUGCUUUUCUUCAGAUUUCAUGGCUUAUGACAUUGCUUGUGACCGGUGGUCAGUGCUUCCUAGACCUGAUCUCCACCAUGUCAACAGAUUUGGCCACUCAGCAGUCUUACACAACAGCACCAUGUAUGUAUUUGGUGGUUUCAAUAGUCUCCUCCUCAGUGACAUCCUGGCAUUUACCUCAGAGCGGUGUGAAGCACAUCAGAGCGAAGCUGCUUGCCAAGCAGCAGGACCUGGCAUCCAGUGUGUGUGGGAUACAGGGUCCUCUCAGUGUAUCUCCUGGGAGUUGGCAACAGAAGCACAAGAAGAAAAGUUAAAAUCAGAAUGUUUUUCCAAAAGAACACUUGACCAUGACAGAUGUGACCAGCACACCGAUUGUUACAGCUGCACAGCCAACACCAAUGACUGCCACUGGUGCAACGACUAUUGUGUCCCUAGGAACCACAGCUGCACGGAAGGCCAGAUCUCCAUUUUCAGAUAUGAGAACUGCCCCAAGGACAACCCCGUGUACUACUGUAGUAAGAAAACCAGCUGCAGGAGCUGUGCCCUGGACCCGAGCUGCCAGUGGGAGCCCCGGAAUCAGGAAUGCGUCGCCCUGCCCGAAACUAUCUGUGGCAGUGGCUGGCAUUUGGUUGUAAACACAUGUAUGAAAAUUACUACUGCCAAGGAGAAUUAUGACAACGCUAAAUUGUCCUGUAGGAACCACAAUGCCUUUUUGGCCUCUCUUACAAACCAGAAGAAGGUAGACUUUGUCAUUAAGCAGCUGCGAAUAAUGCAGUCGUCGCAGAGCGCGACCAAGCUGACGUUGACCCCAUGGGUUGGACUUCGGAAGAUCAAUGUGUCCUACUGGUGCUGGGAAGAUAUGACCUCAUUCACAAAUAGUACAAUACAGUGGAUGCCAUCUGAACCCAGUGAUGCUGGAUUCUGUGGAAUCUUGUCAGAACCCAGUCCUCGGGGCUUGAAGGCUGCAACCUGCAUCAACCCACUCAAUGGUAGUGUCUGUGAAAAAGAGGCGAACCACAGCAGCAAGCAGUGCCGGGUGCCAUGUGCCUUGAGGACAGCGUGUGGAGAGUGCACCAGUGGCAGCUCCGAGUGCAUGUGGUGCAGCAACAUGAAGCAGUGUGUGGAUUCCAAUGCCUACGUGGCCUCCUUCCCUUAUGGCCAGUGUAUGGAGUGGUAUACCAUGAGCAGCUGUCCCCCUGGAAAUUGUUCAGGCUACUGUACCUGUGGCCAUUGCUUGGAGCAACCAGGCUGUGGCUGGUGUACUGAUCCCAGCAAUACUGGCAAAGGGAAAUGCAUAGAGGGCUCCUACAAAGGCCCAGUGAGGAUGUCUUCUCAGGCCCCUAUAGGAAAUUUCUACCCACAGCCCCUUCUCAAUUCCAGCAUGUGUCUGGAGGACAGCAGAUACAACUGGUCUUUCAUUCAUUGUCCAGCUUGCCAGUGCAAUGGCCACAGCAAAUGCAUCAAUCAGAGUAUCUGUGAGAAGUGUGAGAACCUGACCACGGGCAAGCACUGUGAGACCUGUAUAUCUGGCUUCUAUGGUGAUCCCACCAAUGGCGGGAAAUGUCAGCCAUGUAGGUGCAACGGGCACGCGUCACUGUGCAACACCAACUCGGGCAAGUGCUUCUGCACCACCAAGGGCGUCAAGGGGGACGAGUGCCAGCUAUGUGAGGUAGAAAAUCGGUACCAGGGAAACCCUCUCAAAGGAACAUGUUAUUAUACUCUUCUUAUUGACUAUCAGUUCACCUUUAGCCUGUCCCAGGAGGAUGACCGCUAUUACACAGCCAUCAAUUUUGUGGCUACACCUGAUGAACAAAACAGGGAUUUGGACAUGUUCAUCAAUGCCUCCAAAAACUUCAACCUCAAUAUCACCUGGGCCCCCAGCUUCUCAGCUGGAACGCAAGCUGGAGAAGAGAUGCCUGUUGUUUCGAAAACCAACAUUAAGGAGUACAAAGAUAGCUUCUCUAAUGAGAAGUUUGAUUUUCGUAACCACCCAAAUAUCACUUUCUUUGUUUAUGUUAGUAAUUUCACCUGGCCCAUCAAAAUUCAGAUUGCCUUCUCCCAGCACAGCAAUUUUAUGGACCUGGUACAGUUCUUUGUGACUUUCUUCAGUUGUUUCCUCUCUUUGCUCCUGGUGGCUGCUGUGGUUUGGAAGAUCAAACAAAGUUGUUGGGCCUCCAGACGCAGAGAGCAACUUCUUCGAGAGAUGCAGCAGAUGGCCAGUCGUCCCUUUGCCUCUGUAAAUGUUGCCUUGGAAACAGAUGAAGAGCCUCCUGAUCUUAUUGGGGGGAGUAUAAAGACUAUUCCUAAACCCAUUGCCCUGGAGCCAUGUUUUGGCAACAAAGCUGCUGUCCUCUCAGUGUUUGUGAGGCUCCCUCGAGGCCUUGGUGGGAUCCCUCCUCCCGGGCAGUCGGGUCUCGCAGUAGCCAGCGCCCUGGUGGACAUUUCACAGCAGAUGCCAAUUGUGUACAAAGAGAAGUCAGGAGCGGUGAGAAACCGGAAGCAGCAGCCACCUGCGCAGCCUGGGACCUGCAUUUGAUGCUGGGGCCAGGGACUCUCUGUGAGUGAGCGAAGUGUGGCUAAGUGUGGUGCGCUAGAGCCGUCUGCAGGGAGGGAGCAGGCAGGAGAUGCUGUGUGGAGCGGAGCAGGGCAGAAAACUGGAAACCCUCCGACUGGAAACAUCCGACUCAUCUGCAUGUUCACAAGCUUUCUUUGACAGUUUCUCCAUCUGUGCUCCAGCACCUAACCUUUUAUUUUUGCAUAGGAAAUAACUGAUUUAAUUACAAGUCCAGGGGUGAUCCAUAUGUUGCUGGAGGAGGCCUUAGUGGAGCCAGUGAGAGAGCUGGGAACGACACUCAGGCUUACGUGUGGGAAACUGGUCUUGGGACUGUCUCAACUGUGCAAAAAACAAAGAUGUAGUGUUUACAAACAGACAUGCGCCAUCAGUCAUUCUGGAACAUGGUCUUUUCAGAAUUAGUCAGAUGAAUGAACUUGUUUUCAUCUGAAGCCUGCUAUCUUUUUAAAAAGAUGUGCUCUUUAUUCUUGCACAUUUUAGGCAAAUACCUGUCUUCCAGGGAGUAGCUUUUUUCUAGUUGAGAACUAAUAAUGGUCCAUCUCUUUUGAAUCAUAUUAAACUGAGAUAGAAGGGGGCUAUUUUAAAUGUCAAGGUCAGCAAUGAUACCUAGAAUGUGAACUGGUGUAAUAGGUAGUUUUCUAUAGCAACUUGAUUAAUUUAGUCUGAAUCUAUUUGAGAUUCCUCUCUCUCACAUACACACAUACACAUACACUAAGUGCCUAGACUUUAAAUAGAUCUAGCAAUUGGAAAGUUAGUAAGCCUAAGUUUUUACAUAAUUGCAUUCCUGCAUUCUUAUAAAAUUUAAAUAGCUACCAUUGGCAAUCUGCUUUUUUUUCUAAAACGUACUUUGCAGCCAGGAAAGAAGUCUCACCCCAAGCAACCUUUAUCCCAGCAGCAAGGACUGAGAGGAAAGCAGAAAUGGCCUAAUUGUAAAAGCUCCAGUUUGUAUUGUUGUCAAAGAGGACACUGAAUAAGCGCAAUCCCGUGUGUCCUCUUGCACCCAGGUGACUCUAGGCCUGAUGUUUGCUUCAGCCUUUCUGGCCUUCUGCUGCCAGGGCACCACAGAAGAAGGGACGCGCUCAUGUUACAGGCAUCCCUGGAGCAGAAAGAGCAUAACAGCACCUGGCUCAAAGAGCAUCUCUGGCCCUGUAGCCUGCUGUGAGCUGCGGCCACCGCAGGCGGCGAGUGAAAUCAUCAGCGAGUGAAAUCGCGCGCCAGGGGAGGGGCAGCGCCCGUUGUCGGCCCCCGUUCCCCAGGAGGGCCUGGGCUGGUCACUCCUCGCCCCCAGACCCAGGUGGUGGCUGUGGGGAGGGCAGGGGACACUAAAAGGAUGAAAAGCACAUGGGAAAAUGCAUGAGGAGGGAGAACCAUGCCCAAUGGAAAGUGACCACAUUCAAGAGGGCAGGGCAGUCCCUGCUUUUCUCCCAGGGCAUUGCCUGGCAGCGUGUUGCCCCGUCCAUGGUGCUCUGUACUCGGGCAUUUCGCAGCAGCCUCCCGAGACCCUCCUGUGCUUCAGAACCUGGGGGUGGACCUCUAGGCAACAAUGCUCAAGUUUGUGAAUUUGGAGAAAUUAAUACUCAAAAGAGCAAAAACAGUAUUUCACCUUUAAAUGCAAUGCCUACAGAGGGAGUAAUAUGUCUUCCCCAUCACUGGCCUCCCAUGAAGAGUUGACUGGAAAAAUGUUUUCAAAGAAGGUGAACCGUAAAAUACUGUCUGGUGCACAAAACACCUCUACUUUGAGACUCUUCCUUCAAAAAGCUGUGUUUCGCAUUGCUGUUACAGAGCAGAAGGUUCUAGAAAAGACCUCUCCACGCUCCCCACGUACCUACUCCAGGUUGCGGCAACCCCAAAGAGCCUGCCGUGGACCGGCCCUUCACCCCGGUAAUUACCACGAGGCCUCUUGGCCAAGAGGGAGGCACUGGAGAGGCUCCUACCACAGGGAAAUCCUUGUUUGUUCUAAGUGUUCCCUUGGCCAGAAAAGCCUCUUCCCCACAGUUGUCCCAUGUCUUGAAAUAACAUGCACCGUGUCCCACAACCACCUGGUGAUCUUUUAUUUAUUGUUUCCUAAAAGAUAAUGUUUCGUUUUAAAAAGGAAGGAAAGAGCAAAUGAAGUGUAAUUCUGCUUCCACAGUAGAGAAACAGAUGAAUCCACCUGCUUCUCCUUUGCAGCCCCUAGCAAACAGCUUCCUUGAGGCUCUGGCCAGAGGAGAGGAAUGGCAGGAGAAAAGGCGCUCAGCUUAGAGCCAGUUACCCAGAGAGCGCCCCUGGCAUUCAAGAGAUGUCUGCAUGCCACAGGAGAGCCUGUAUAUAAUUAAAGUAGUCAUGACAACAUUGAUACUGCACUUGUACAUAACUAUACAGUAGUGUCUGGAAUGUUCAGACAUUCGGAGUGUACAUAAAACAAAAAUAUCUAAAUGUAUUUUUAUUAAACGUAACGGUGUCUGAGUUUCACCUAAUACGUUUUUGUGCCAUAUACUGGAUAUCCAGGUUCAGAGAAGUCUUCUCGUUAGUCCCCUAAACGUUGAAAACAAAGCCAAGAAGGGCACCCUUACCACGCCGAUGUGCUCAAAUGCGUCUGGUACCGACUGGAUAACUUGAGUCAUCUGUCAGUACACAAAUGAAAACUGGCAGUGAGUCCCUUCAGACAGCAGUAUGUGAGGGGACUCAAGGCAGUGAGAGUCUCUCUGUCGCUGGUGUUGGCUCUGCAAGUGCCUCGUGACUGUCUCAGCCUCUGGGUGCUGAGGGUGACCAGGGACAGCCAGGCUCAUCCCAAGAAACGUUUCUCAAGGUAUCUAAGUUCAAAGACUGUACCUGUAGAAAUCAGAUUUUCCAAAAAGGGGGUUUCCAGGCUGCAUUUUGUGGUGGUUUUAUCUAAAUUUUUAACUAUUAUUUCCCAGGACCAUAGUUUACUAUACUGGCAACGAGGGGUGGGAGUGGGGUGGCUAGUUUGCUGAUAUACAGCCCUUAUUUUCCCCGUGGAGAGACGUGCACACCCUGGCCUUCUGGCCUCUCCCGCCCGCCUCUCUACACAGUGUAGGGAGAAAUCUGUGCCUCCCUCUGGGAUUGACCUCAAAAAAGUGGGAAGGGGCAUGGAGAGAGGGCAAGUCAGACUCCCCUGAGCUAUAUCGGAGGCAAAGCAGCUCUGGACAGAAGAUGGGCAGCGAAAGGAAAACAUGGCAAGAAGAUCUGUGGGUGAGACCUGAGGUACAAGAUUAGAGACACACCCGACAAUCUGGGGCAGAUGAAAAGACGGGAGCACUAUCAGAAAAAGACAUUUUACCUUUCAGUGCAAGUCUUAUUCCUUCAACUUAAUGGAGUGUAUUGGGGGAAGGGGUGGGAGUGAUUCAGUUCCUUGGGUGGUGUUGCCCUCGCCAGGGGCACCUUCGAUCUUUCCAUUUCAUUCGUUCAUCCAUUCAACAGAUACUAAGCACUUAACACUAACACCCUAAGCUCGUUCACUCCAGGACAGUGACCAAGAUGAAAAAGGAGCUCCAGGAUUACGACAGAAUCCAGCUCCCAAACCUCCUGUCCCAGGAGAUCUUUUCCUUGUUACCGUGAGAAUUGGCAGUCCUGAGAACAGACCCGGGAAGGCAGAGGGUCUGUCCUUGGGCCUCGCACCAGCUCUCAGUCUGAAAUGUUUACCCAGUUUUCUAAACUCAGCCUCAGAAAUCACAAUGAUGGUUUGUAGGUGGCCCACCAGGAGACAUUUCCCCUGAGUCUUUCAAACUGAUAAACACCCUUGCCUGCAGGGAAAUGAUUUGGAGAGAAGAAAACUGGCGCCUUCUCUUUUAAAGGCAAUAAUGGAAUCGACUUCCAGUAACUGAAUUUGUGCACAAAACAUUCUAAACACUAGUGAAGCCUGUUUCAUUGAACUAAUUCUGGCUCUGGAAAUGUUUUGUUCUCUAGUUAUUUACGGUUUUUUUUUGUUUGGAUUCAAGCUUAGUUUGUUAAUAUGUAUAAUUUAGCAUCUAUUGCACUCAUGUAAAUAUGGAGUAAGUAUUGUAAACUAUUUCAUUGCUGGGGAUUGUGGGUGUUAUAAAUACAUUUAGGACUGCAAUUUUUGGUAUUUUUUGUAUUGUAAAAUAACAGCUAAUUUAAGCAGGAACAAGGUAAUUAAGGGAGGUCUGUGCAUUUUAAACACAAAUGUGAAGAACUUGUAUAUAAAACUAAAUCCUAUACUACAAACUUCCUUCUAAAAUAAAAGUAGAU